GUCAGUUCACUCUCAAAUUCAUUGGGAACUUAGAAUUCGAACAAUCGCGAUCUCUUCCAUAAAUUCUUAAUUUUUUUAGAGAGAAAAGUACAAAAUUUUGUAUCUUGUAGGAAAAAAUUAAGCAAUAAUUUAAAGGAAAUUUGAAAGAAAUUUAUGUGUUACGUGUGAAUUUAAAAAAUUGAUAGAUUUCAAGAUUUAAAAAAAUUGUAGGGUUAAUUUUCUCGAAUAAAUCGGUUGAAACUUGUGAAUUAUUUGUGAAAUUGAAUUUUUGGUGCAAAUUUUCCCAAAGAAAGUGAAAACUGUGGAAAUUGGCGAAAAUUUGAAACUUAUUGACUUUUAAAGAAUAAUUAAAGAAUAAAGAAUAAUUUGAUUCUAAUUUGCCCCAAGAAAUCUAAAACUGUUGACAUUUUUGAAGAUUUAAAAUUCGUGAAGAUUUGAAAUUGUGAAGAUUUGAAAUUCGUGAGGUUAGGAAUUGAUAGAUUUUGAAGCAGAAUGUGCUGCAAACUUUGACAAAGAAAUUUAAAAACUUGUAUAAAUUUUUAAAUUCUUAGAGAAUUAGUAGAUUUUACUGAAAUUUUGGUGGAACUAAUUUUGACCCCGAAAUUGAAAGUGCCAAUGCCAUCUUUGCUCGAAGUUUGGGAAGAUUACUUUAUACAAAAGAACUUAAAAAGUUAUAUGAAAGUGUGGCCUGUCCAGUAUUAUUGGGAGAGAGAAAGGAAAUUGACCACUGAAAAUUUUAAGAUUGAAGACGAAUAAAUUACGAAAUUAAGGGGCUAAUUGAGGAGAAAGUAUGUUAUAUGAUAAUGCCCCGUCGCGGAGAAAGUCAUCCCUCGCAGAGUUGCACAGUUCCUUUAAUAGGAUGCAGACCGGAAGCACGACGCGUUCCACGUCGUCGAACGGCCCAACUUCCGCUCGUCGCAACAAGUCGCGAUGGGACCAGCCGGAAACGUCUCACUCGACGGGAAGCCUGCUCUCGUCGAUGGAACGCUUCGUGCAAACGGUGGACGACAUGAAUGAAACGAUUUUAGUCCCUUGUCGCCUCAUGGACAUGCAAUUCGACGAGUCCUUCGUCCCCCCAACGCCGGUUCCGCAGCUCGAAAAAACCUCGGGAAUGGGGCUCCCAAAUGGGGGCGCGUUCGGACCGCCGUCAUCAGGGACUUCUUCCACCAAGCUCGUCGAUAACCAUCGCAUCGUCUCGAACUUGAAUGGCGUCGACCUGUACCAAUUCUACUCGGUCCUCAACAACAUCAAGAACGACCUCAUGUGGGGCCGAAAGGCUGGCGGGGUGGCCACCACGAUGCCCAUCAUGCCACCCGGCACGUUGUCGACGUCAUCCUCCGCGGCCUCGGUUAUCAGCACGUUGAGCUCCAACACGUCGUCGAACGCGUCGUUGUCACUCGUACCUAAUGGGAUGAAUGGAGGAGGAGGCGAUCAGAACGGGCAUGGUCAAGCCGGAGGAGGCGGAAGUGUUAAAGGACAUGCGCGACGACCUUCCACCGUCAGCACGACGAGUUCCACGUCCGCGAGCGAUACUGAAUUCUCCGAGUUGAACGAGGACUCUGGCGUGGAGGCGGAACACGAAGACGACAUGGCGCAAGGGGUCGCCGACGCGUUCCACCACCACCUCUCCGGACUUCAACAAUGCCUCUGUGAUCUGACCAUAGCUGCCGACUAUGUCACCACCCGAUACAGCUCUGCCCUCGGCGGAGGAUUAUAAAUUUCUAGGAAUUAUUUUCAAAAAAACGAAGCUAAACUACUCAACUAACUUCUACUUAUCAUGAAAUGAACCAAGAACAAAAGCAACAAGAUGAUCAAGACAAGACGGAUAUAAUUUAAAUACUAAUUAAUAAUUACUAUGCAAAUCAGCCCUUAAAAUUUAAAUCAUCACAGCUACAUAAAAAAAUCAUGCCAAGCUUUGUAAACAAAAAUUUUACAAAAUUCUGAACAGGCAGCUAACUAAUUUUUUAAAUUUAUUUCAAAUUUUGGACAGAAUUUUGCCCACUUUACAAACUCGGCGUGAAUUAUCUGCUGCUUAAAAAAGAACACAAAUUAUACAAAACUUGUUGUAAUCGUCUGGAAUUGUGAGUGCUAAAAUUGUGUAGCAUGAUAAAAUAUUUUUCUUUGCUAUGCUACAUACCCUACGAAUUUUGGCUAUUAAUUAACUAAUUAGUUAGAUAAGUCACAAUUAAAUCUAAAUAAUUAACUGGCAGGAGGAGGAAAAUGUGCGUAUAUAAAAAAAGUAAUCAUGGAUUGAUCGGCCGGUCCGAGAACUUUAUAAAAUUAAAUACUUGGAAAAUACAUAGAUUGAACUGAAAUGCGAAUUUUUUGCAAAGUUUUCGUGAAUUUAGGAAAUUUAAGAAAUUUGUCGCUUUAUUAUUUGAUAACCUAAUCAGUCCUGUUGGUGCAUGCAUUUUUGAAUUAAUUUAAAAUUAGACGUGUUAAAUGUGAUGAUGUUUCUUCUCUGAUUUGAAUGUUAUUUUAUUUAAUUGUGCUAAAAAAAGUUGUAACUGCGAAUAGGAUAUAAUUCGGUGAUAAAAUUGUUACUGGGUGUUUGGUGGUGGUAACGAUUUAUUACCAAUAAUUCUGCAAGAAAUUGUCAAUCUUUAAUGAAAAAUUUGUCAUGAAAAUGCAUUUUUAACGGAAUUAUUGUCUCCAUUCCGUAAUAAUAAAGUGUCUACUAUAUAUAAUUUCGGUAACAGUUUUAUUACCGGAUUAUUGUGCCGGGAUAGAAUUUAACUUUAAAAAAUUGGAGCAGAUUUGUAUGUAAACGAAUUCGCAAUAUUUUGUGUGUGAGUCGGGUUUAGUUUUUCAUAAAGGUUUUUGUAUGAUUAAAAAGUAAUUGGAGGAGCUAAUUUUGAUAGGCUAAACUUUGAAAGACUUGCUAAAUCUAUUGGCGACGCAGGAAGGAAGGGAUAAAAGUAUGAGAUAAUUCUGUAUUUUGGAUGUGGGGAUGAUGACUUGGAUGAAGGAUUGUUAUAGUGAAUCGCACUUCACAUUAUAUGCUAUGCACGAAAGGAAUCAAUAAAAAUAUGAUGAGAAAUCGAAA